UCGCUGUUCCAGUCCGCUCGUCUCAACCGGCACAGACCCAUGGCGGAGCGUGGGGAACUCGAUCUGACUGGCGCCAAACAGAACACGGGAGUGUGGCUGGUCAAGGUUCCUAAAUAUUUGUCACAGCAAUGGGCUAAAGCCCCUGGAAGAGGUGAAGUUGGGAAGCUACGGAUUGCCAAGAAUCAAGGAAGGACUGAGGUGUCAUUUACUUUGAAUGAGGAUCUUGCAAAUAUUCACGAUAUUGGUGGAAAACCAGCUUCAGUCAGCACUCCUAGAGAACAUCCAUUUGUCUUACAAAGUGUUGGAGGACAGACAUUAACAGUCUUUACUGAGAGCUCAUCAGAUAAACUUUCAUUGGAAGGAAUAGUGGUACAAAGAGCUGAAUGCCGACCUGCUGCCAGUGAAAACUACAUGAGAUUAAAGAGAUUACAAAUAGAAGAAUCUUCCAAACCUGUAAGGUUAUCACAACAACUGGACAAAGUUGUGACAACCAAUUAUAAACCUGUUGCUAAUCAUCAGUACAAUAUUGAAUAUGAAAGGAAAAAGAAAGAAGAUGGAAAACGAGCUCGAGCUGAUAAACAACACGUUUUAGACAUGCUAUUUUCUGCAUUUGAGAAACAUCAAUAUUAUAAUCUUAAGGACUUGGUGGACAUCACAAAACAGCCUGUGGGAUACCUAAAGGAAAUCUUGAAAGAAAUUGGCGUUCAGAAUGUAAAAGGGACCCACAAAAACACAUGGGAGCUGAAGCCAGAGUAUAGACAUUAUCAAGGAGAAGAAAAGAGUGAUUAAGAAGACUCUUAGCCAGCAUGCUAACAGAAUGACUAAAGGGCGAUGAGCUGAGGAAGCACCACUGAUAUUCAAAUACUUGAGUACCAUCUGUUGUAGGGGUAAAAUGACUGGAACUUUAAUUUCCCUAGGUAAAUUUUUUAAACAAUAAUUCUUGUAAAGUUACUCAAGUGUUUUUUUGAGGAAAAAAAUUUAUUUAUAGGCUUGUAUUAAACUAGAUUAUUCAGAAUGGGGUGAGGGGUUGGGGUUAAGAAGGUUUUUCUUUUUAUUGACUUUUAAAUGUAAAACUAGGAAAUGUUUUCUAAAUGAGGACUCUCUGUCCUUGUUUUAUCUCUGAGGAUCUGAGGUGAUACAAAUCCAAAGUGAAUGGCAAAGCAAGAAAAAAGUAGUCAACUACAGAAAGUCUUAAAAGGAAUAAAAAGCCAAAGUUCCUUAUUCUGAAAUUGUCAAAGAACAAAGCUGUCUUUAUUUAUUUAUUUUUACAGGUGAUCAUGUUUCAUAGUUACACCCAUUAAUAAAGAAGAGAGCAUUUAUGUUUGUACCUAAGAGAGCAGUUUUCAUCAUUAGCUUGCAUAUUUUGCCCUAGUGUUAGUGACAUGAGAAAUGGAAAAAA